GAAAAGUAAACAAAAGGAAAAGAAUACAAUUUAAAAAACCCCACUAUCAACCUUGUUGUUAUUAUUAUAAAUUAUAAACAAAUUUUUAUCGACUCCUAUCCUACUAUUAUUAUGUCAUGGCCUUGAAGCCUGGCAAGUUUUUCAGGAGAUACUCAUUAGAUGCAUUCAAAACCAGGAAAGUGAAUUCUGUAAGAAGUGAGAAAGCAGUUAUGGGUAAGCCAGUAAAGUUUGAAGGUAUAAGUGAGGAAUUGCAGAAGAUAAUAGAUGCUGAUAUGGACAAAGUGGAAGCCAGGCGUUGUGCUAGGGAUGCUUUUAAGGAUAUUCAGUUGUCAAUUGAUCAUUGUCUGUUUAAGAUGCCACAUGCUGGAUUGAAGAUGAAGGAGUCAUAUGAGGUUAAUUCUCGAGGACUGGAAAUCUUCUCCAAAAGUUGGCUUCCAGAGACAAGUACCCCCAAAGCCAUGGUAUACUUUUGUCAUGGUUAUGGUGAUACAUGCACAUUUUUUGUUGAAGGCAUUGCAAGAAAAUUAGCAUCUUCUGGUUAUGGAGUAUUUGCCAUGGAUUAUCCUGGAUUUGGUCUUUCAGAGGGUCUUCAUGGCUAUAUACCAAGUUUUGACAAGUUAGUUGAUGAUGUCAUUGAGCAUUACUCGAAAGUGAAAGAAAAUCCAGAGACAUGUAACCUACCAAGCUUCCUAUUUGGGCAAUCAAUGGGUGGAGCAGUAGCUCUGAAGGUGCACAUGAGGCAACCUGAUGCAUGGAAUGGCGCUGUUCUUGUCGCACCGAUGUGCAAAAUUGCAGAUGACAUGGUUCCACCAUGGUUAGUUACACAAAUUCUGGUGGGCAUAGCAAAAUUUCUUCCAAAGCAAAAGCUAGUUCCGCAGCAGGAUCUAGCGGAGUUAGCAUUCAGAGAUGCAAAGAAGAGAGAACAGGCUGCUUAUAAUGUCAUUGCUUACAAGCACAAACCCCGUUUACGAACUGCAGUGGAGUUACUGCAUACCACUCAAGAUAUAGAGAAACAACUAGAUAAGGUCUCUCUGCCGUUGCUAAUAUUGCAUGGAAAGAAUGAUAGUGUGACUGAUCCAUCCAUCAGCAAAGCACUGUAUGAGAAGGCAAGUAGUUCGGACAAGAGACUGAUCCUUUAUGAGGAUGCUUAUCAUUCUUUACUCGAGGGUGAGCCGGAUGAGAUGAUACUUCGAGUUCUUGGUGACAUAAUUUCGUGGCUGGAUGAGCAUACAUCCUAGUUCUCCAAUUUAUUUAUUUUUUGUCCUGCCCAUUUUUUCAUGUUGAGGGUGAAGUCACUUUCACCAUGCAUAGAGUCAAAAAAAAAAAAAAAGAUCUGGUGGCCCCUUCAUCACCCCUCUAUUCUUUUUUCCCUUUUUCUUUGUAAAGAACCAACAUUGAAGAUUUGAAUGUCUUGUAUGAAAUAAAAAGCAAUGCGUCGCUUGCAUUUAGAUA